AUGGAGUCUUAUCUAUUUCUCAUUGUUUCUCGCAUGCGAUCGCUUACCCACCGAGAGUCGAAUGAAGAGGUUCGUUCACUUGUCGAGGCACGCUCACGCUUUCAUUUUCUUUUUAGUAACAUCUAUCUAUCUAUCUAUCUAUCUAUCUAUCUAUCUAUCUAUCUAUCUAUCUAUCUAUCUCUUUGCAUGUCUACAUAUUCUUUGCAUACCUAUCGAUUGAUCAAUCGAUCUAUUUCCCAUUUCAAUUUCUUUCUUCCUUUAUUUCUAUCUAUCUAUCUAUCUAUCUAUCUAUCUAUCUAUCUAUCUAUCUAUCUAUCUAUCUCCGUGUGUUCACUAUCUAUCUAUCUAUCUAUCUAUUUAUCUAUCUAUCUAUCUAUCUAUCUAUCUAUGUUCAUAUCUAUCUAUCUCAUUCUGUUCGUCUCUAUAAAUCUAUAUAUCUCAGCCUGUUCGUAUCUAUCUAUCUAUCUAUCUAUCUAUCUAUCUAUCUAUCUAUCUAAGUCAAUUCAUAUCUAUGUAAGUAUGUUCCCUAUCUAUCUAUCUAUCUAUCUAUCUAUCUAUCUAUCUAUCUAUCUAUCUGAGUCAAUUCAUAUCUAUGUAAGUAUGUUCCCUAUCUAUCUAUCUAUCUAUCUAUCUAUCUAUCUAUCUAUCUAUCUAUCUUUGUUCAUAUCUAUCUAUCUCAUUCUGUUCGUCUCUAUAAAUCUAUAUAUCUCAGCCUGUUCGUAUCUAUCUAUCUAUCUAUCUAUCUAUCUAUCUAUCUAUCUAUCUAUCUAUCUAUCUAAUCUCUCCUGCUUUCUGUCACUUCAAAAUCUCUUUCUUUUUUCUUUUUUCUUCUCUAUAUUGCGUUGUUCUUUCUUUCUUUCUUUCUUUCUUUCUUUCUUUCUUUCUUUCUUUCUUUUCGCUGUUUUCUUUCUUUAUUGGUUGUUUCUUCUUUCGUCACUAUGUUCCGUCUUUCUUCUUUCCUUUCUUUCUUUCGUUCUUUUCCCUGAUUUCUUUCUUUCGUUCUUUUCUUUCUUUAAUGGUUGUUCCGUCUUCCUUCCUUUCUUUCUUUCUUUAUUUCUUUCUUUCUUUAUUUAUUUCUUUUCGCUGUUUUCUUUCUUUAUUGGUUGUUUCUUCUUUCGUCACUAUGUUCCGUCUUUCUUCUUUCCUUUCUUUCUUUCGUUCUUUUCCCUGAUUUCUUUCUUUCGUUCUUUUCUUUCUUUAAUGGUUGUUCCGUCUUCCUUCCUUCCUUUCUUUCUUUCUUUCUUUCUUUCUUUCUUUCUUUAG